AUGACGCUGGACGAGCAGCAAGCGAGUAGUCGCAAGAAGCCCAGACUCGAGAGCAUGUCAUCCGGCUUCUCGAUACGCGGCAGAGCUACAUCUGCCUCCAAGCCCGCGCCUGCCGUCAAGCCAGAGCCUACACCACCACCACCACCAGAAGAACUGGAUGAAGAACCUUCCGAUGAUGAUGAUGAUGACGAAGCGGUCAUCUCGUUGGGCGGAACGCCAGAAGCCGAACGGAAACCGCAUGGACAUCCUCCCACGACGACGAUCACGUCCUUACCCGUCGAAACGACAAAGAAGCAGCCUGAUGAUACGCUCGACGCCAAGAAGAAGACCGAGACGCCAUCUCGUCCGCUCGCAGAUGAAUCUAUGCAAGAUGCGACCGUCAAGCCUGACCUUCACUCGCCCGACUAUGAUGAUCAGAUACGGAUUGGCAAGCUCGAAGAGCAACUCGAAGCAUCCAAGAAGGACAAUCUCGCACUUGCCAUGGAAUUGGCACGCAUGACAGGAUUUCUCCAGUCGAUCGAAUCCGGCGAUGAGUUUCAGCUCGAUUACGGCUUACCUUCCGCUCCGACGUACUGUGGCACGGCUACUGUGCCGCUUCCGGUCGCAUUCAUGUAUCGCUCUUUACAAGAGCAAGUCAAGAUGCUCAACAAAGACAAUCAGAGGCUCAAAGACGAACGCGACGCGGCUCUUUGGCAGGCCGACACUCGACAGAGUCGGCCGCUUGGCUCAGAUGCACGGCGGAUAGUAGAUCUGCUGAGCGUUCUGCGAAGGGAGAAUGACGAGCUAGGGGAAGCGCUCGCAAUCGGCCCGAUGACAACGCUGCGGUCUGCUAACGAACAUCUAGAACGCCAAGUCAAGAUGCGCGAUGAUGCGCUAAAGGAAUCGCAUGCGCUUCUGCAGGCAUUGGACGAUGAAGUCAACGAGCUGUACGGCAUCAAGAGGUACGGUGCACCGGCCCCUCCGACUUCGAAGGCGCCAAAGGAGUCCUCUCGUAGUGAGCCUCGAUCGCCAAAUCAUCAUCAGAGGAGAGCGGCAGAUCGCCUGGAGCCGCUGUCGAGCGAGCGUGAUAGGAAAGCCGGGUCAGCCCGCCCGCCCAGCAGUCCCAGAAGAGACGAUGCGUACUCCUCUCGAUCGGACGGCCGCAGAUCACGCCAUGAGGAGACCGGACGGGACGACAGUCAUAGCUCACGGAAGCACGAGCCUCGACGGAGCAAUGCCCUGGGAGACGAUCGACGCGACACGAGAGUAGACGGAGAUAGACAUGCUCGGCGGGGUAGCUCGCCGCGGUCAGAGCGUGUUCCGUCCAGCUAUACUCGCGCUGCCUCGCCUCGCGUCAGGAGAGCUCGUUCGCCCAAUCGACGUUGA